AUGGAACUCAUCCCGAGCCAGGUGUCCAAACUCAAGGUUUCAAUCCGACUUAACCGAGCCAUAAGCGCGUUUUACGAGUCCCUAGACACAAAUAACAAGGUCAUAUUCGACUCUUACAGGGACGCGGCUCGCGCCUCGCCACCAAGUCUGGAUGAUAUCCGGCAGAUUGCGGCUGAAAUCGACAGAAAGGGACGCAAACCACGCGGAGAUCGUUUCAAGCGUGUCUUGGAGGCUUUGCAGCAAUUUGUAGCUGUUGGCGAUGUUGUUAUUGGGAGCACUCAGAACAUGCUCGCGGCCGGCGUGUGGUCGGUUGCUAGGUUGACUGCUAUUAUAAUGAUGGGGUAUGCGAGCUACAGAGAAAAAGUCUCAGAAAUCUUCCUCGAGGUGGGCCGUACUGCGCCUAGGCACGCCGAGUUAGCGUGCAUCUAUCCGGGUAAAGGACGUCUACACUCGGCCAUGAUGGAGUACUCCAUUGUGGUCGUCGAACUAUGCAAGUCUCUUUUCCACCCGACUCUUCUGCAACGUUUCACGACAUCUUUGAAGACAGCAAUCACAGAUCCUCAGCUGCAAAAGAUCAAAAGCAGCCUUGCAACAUGGUCUAAGGAAAUUAGCGAGGAAGUCAUCGUGCUCCAGAGCCGAAGGCUCGAAGAGACCGAUAGAGGGCCUGGGAUAAGGUCUCUGAUUUCAAGCAUAUCAGAUUCAGAUCGGAGGCGGAGAAGGACCCGAGACCGUGUUAAUUGGUUAGACGCGUGUGGAGACUACGAUUACGAAAGGCAACGCAAUCUCACGCGAAGGAGCGGCAAUACCGAGUACUUUCUUCAUGACCCGCCUUAUUUGAAAUGGAGAGACUGGAGUGGGCCGACGACCUUGAUCUGUGAGGGAAAGCUGGGCUCAGGAAAAUCCGUGUUGAUGGCAAACAUGGUCGAUGACCUUCUUUUGCACAACAUCAACGAUACCCAUACGACGGCGUUCUUCUUCGUUUCUGAUGACACCGCCGGAUACAAUGCUAGAACGGUCCUCGGAAGCCUUGCCCGGCAGAUUCUUGAGUCCUUGCCAGGUUCCCAAUGGACGGAUAAGCUCGAAGAGGAAAGUAGAUCCUUGACAACGAACAGAUUGACGCAAAUACUGGGUAGAGCAGUGCCUUCCACAAGAAAGAUCUAUCUGAUCCUAGAUGGCUUUGACGAAUUCCCUGAGGUCGAGCGCCAGAUCUUGGUGGAGCAGCUGAAAGAGCUCCAGUCUUGGCUCCAGCUGCGCAUCUGUAUCUCUUGGAGGCUUGAAGCCAAGAGCCGGGCCCGCGAAGACUUCGAGACCUUCGGGCAGUCUGCGACGCUGAAGAUCCCCAUUAUAAACCCGGAUAUUGAGAAGUUCGUGAAUACAGAAGUCGAUGCCCUCCUCGAGACCGGAGAGCUCUUGAUCAAAGGCGAUACCAUAGUGCAUGAGAUACGGCAGCGUCUUCUCGAAGGUGCAAAUGGAAUGUUUCUCUGGGUAGCCCUACAGCUGCAGGCCAUCUGCCAUGAAGACGAGAACACCAUUCACGAGGCACUGGAAAACCUACCCAAGUCCCUGCCCGAGGUAUUCCAUAACAUCCUGCAGCGUAGUGGAGAGCCUGAGAAGCGCUAUCAAAUGCACAUCCUCAAGACUCUGGUGGCUUCUUUCCGGCCGCUGACCACGUCAGAGUUUGGGGAGGCUCUGAACUUGGCUUCAGAAAACGCAACGAUGCCACUGCGAUUGCAAAGCCGCCAGGUUGACGAUUUACGUGGGAUCCUAUCCUCUUGCGGCAGCCUGGUAAUGAUCGAUGAACAGGACUUGACUGUGCAUCUGGUUCACCAAAGCGUGCGACAGUUUCUCUUGGGUAAAAUGGCUGAUACCUACGACUACCGAGAGUGGCAGUUCUCUGCCGAUACUGCUCAUUUGCAUAUGGCCGCCGUGACCAUGAGGUAUCUUAGCAGAUGGACCGACAGAAUGGAAAUCGCUCAAACACCACGUCGAGUGCAACCAUCCACAAUACCACGGCCGUCACCUAUUAUCUUGCCGAAUCCAGUCGCCAUUCAUCUUGCAGCACAGACUGAAAUCAAGCCGGGAAAGCUGUCUAAGAUACUCAGCAUAGUGUCAAAAGCUAGGCUGAAUGGUGCUGCAGCUCAGGUGGACGUCACAAGAGUUGCUGAGAGCCUGUGGCCAGAAACGUUAAAAAAGACCACCACAGCAGAGGGGGAAGACAACACAUCACACGUCGAAGCCAUGGAAUUUCUUACAUACGCACGAGGUCAUUGGAUGCUACACUCGGCGCCGAUGUCCGAAGAAAACGGAGAGCUCUAUUCGUUGUGGAGCCAGGUGCUCAUGACUUCGGAUCCUACAGAUUGGCGGGCAUGGGACCCACUCUAUAUGGCCAAACGCCAAGUUGAGGUCCCUGAAAGCAUGCUGUGGGCGGUUGUGAAUUCCCACAACGUCCUACUCGAGAAGGUGUUGCGGAAGCAAAAACGGCGCCUGAAGUUGCUGAUUGACUGUUUGGGGGUUAUCCUGGGUAUGUCGCCCAUGCCACGUCUGAGCCCAUUGAUGGCGGCGAGAUUUCUCACCCUGCAACUUUUCCUGCAACGAAGUUCGAUGUCAAAGACCCAAAUAUUCCUCAACAUGAAUGCGGAUUUCAGGUACAACAACUAUGCAUGUCUCUAUGCAGCGGUAUUUACCAGGGACUAUCAUGCAACCCGAGCCAUCCUGUGUACUAUUGGAGAUCACACCAUUUUGAAGGGCUUACCGUACCCGCUGCUUGAGCUUAGCGUGUCAUGCAUGGAUGUGCAUAUGACACACCUCCUAUUAUUUUAUGGCGUCAGACCUCUGCCUCACUCACAGGUGCAAGAGACGGCUCUGGCGAUGGCGAUGUCACGGCUCCGGCCAGGAUGCGAUCCUAGCAGCACACUCAUCGCCGCCUGGCUUCUUAAAUCGUGGGCGAGCACGGACUCGUGUUUUCGCCACCACCUGGCCAGAGCACUAAUCACCUUCAGAGAGAUGACCAACAAAAGGGAUUUCGACGCUGAACAAUUCAUCAAAGUGCCGUCGUGGGGAUGGCUGGUACACUAUGUCCUCGAGGCGGCGGAAAAGGCCGUGCGGUGGCUGAGUGGGCUCUUCACGCUGAAGGUCCUGGCCAUGUACGCGGCUGUAAUAGCGUUCCUGGAUUCGCAGACCGAGUCUAGAGCGAUGCAAGUCUUGACAUUUGUCGGUUUGGUGCUGUUUGGCUCGGUUGCUCUGUGUCCAGCUCUCCCCGGUUUCGGAAAAAGCAGACAGCCUCCACGAGCAUUUCCACCCAGGUUGCGAAGUGUUGCUGCUGUCAGAUACCAUACGGCAUGGCCCACCCCUACAAAAGAUGGGAAACCUUUAUUUGUAAGAGGUUCUACGAAGUGGCCCAAGCAGGCCAAGGACUACAAGGACAUAAUUGUCAUAUUGAUCCUAGUUCCGGCGUUUGGGACUAAGGCUAGGGUUUGGGAGUUCGUGUUCACCUGA